AAAGCUAAAUAUUUUGAGAAUAAGUAACUAAUAUGGAUUUAAAUAGUGAAGAAAGUAUAGAAAAUUAUGAGGAGAUAGAAAGCAGUGUAGUACUUUUGCAAAAAUGUGGAGAAAUUUUCUGUGAUACAUUAGCGGACCCAGAAGUCUGUGUGGGCUUUCAGUGCUUAUUUUGUCGAAAGACUUUUAUGAAUCUGAAUGCAUUCCUAAAGCAUUUACAAAGUGAGCACUAUAAACCGCCAACACCUACUGAAGAAAUUUCGCCGGCAAGUGAUGAAGAAUCCCAAGAGGACUGUAAGAUGGAAGAAGUUUUCUUUACCACUGAAGACAGUAAUGGCAAUUGUGAAGUAGAAGAUACAACAUUAUUUAAACUAGAAAAAGACGAAACUGAAAUAGAUAUAGAUGUUACACCCAAAAAGGAAUUAUCACCUGGCGAAGAAAAAAAGCGCAAAAUAAGGUCGAAGCCACUUAAAACGAAUCAAAAACGCCGAGAAUAUACCUGCCACCAUUGUCAAAAAGUGUUCAAAAAAAAGUGGAAUUUACAACAACACUUACCUACACACGAAGGUCAUGAAAAACCUUAUAAAUGCGAACUCUGCCCGGCUUCCUAUGCCUGCAAACAAAACCUUGUAGUUCAUGUGAGACGACACAAAGGAGAAAAGCCUUUUACGUGCCAUUUUUGUACGAGCAGCUUUGCUUCUACAAGCGAACGAUAUACUCACGAACGCUGUCACACCGGUGAACGGCCAUACGUAUGCGAAUUCUGCGGCAUGGGGCAUACCACGUCAUCACACUUAAACAACCAUCGUCGCACACAACACUUGGAUGAACGAAAUUUUGUUUGUGACAUAUGCGAUAAACGAUUUAGUAGACCUGCCCAAUUGAGAAUGCAUCACACAUAUAUACACACAGAUAUGCCGCGUAGUCAUGUCUGUACGAUUUGUAAAGCAGCUUUUAAAGGAAAAACUACAUUAAAAGCACAUCUUAAAAUUCAUAAGGAAAAAACCUAUAAAUGUUCAGAGUGUGGUAAAAAAUUCGCCCAACAUUCCGGUUUAUAUAAUCAUCGAAAAACCCAUAAAAAACAGACAGAUACUUUGCUAGAAGAUAUACUAAAGCAAGAAUCUUUGAAAGGAAACAAUGCGGAUUGUUAUGAGGAUAUCUGGAGCGUGGAUACGAAAGAAUUCCUUUUCGAAAACACUUGCGAAACAAAUACUGUAAAUCAUAUUGAAUAA